GCGAGAGGAGGAGGGGAUAUAGGCAACGGUGUGGUGUUGUAGCGUCGAUUUCUGUUGCUUUGUGCCUUUUACAUGUAGAGGGAGGAGAUAGAGUAGGAAAAACAGUUAUCCGGGUUUUAAAGGGGGUAUUGGCUCUGAAAAAACGAGAGAGACUGUGAUGGAGCCGAAGGGAAUAUAAUGCCAACCAUCUGCUUGCGACGAUGAUCAUGCUCCUUGUCUACGUGCUGUGAAGUCCAAUCCUGGGGAAGUAGGACCUCCUCUAUUCCAGCCUCCCCUUUUGCCCCUCCCCUCUUAAACCCUUAGACACACCAAGUCAUCCUGAACCCCAUCCUCGUGGACCCUUCUUAGAUUUCAGCUUUCAAGAAAGCUAAACUACACAUCACUGAGUUCUCUGCGGCCACAGCAUGUCACCUAACGUUGCAUGAAGUUACACACAUUCUCUGUAGCAUAUCAUAGCAUUCCUCUUAGUCUGCAGUCACCGACAGCUUUAGAAUGACUAACACAUAGCCCCACAAGUUCAUACAGUCAUGUGGGAUAGAAAACCAUAGAGGCGUUUUAAAAGCAUAUUUUACCAGAUAAUUGAGCUCAUAGGAAAACAUCAUUCAACGCAAACACAGGCCCAAGUUCCUGUGCGUAUAUAAGUUCAUAUACACAGAUACGCUGAAAUUAUUUGCAAUAAACUGAGAAAAGACACUGAUCGUAAAAUAAUUCUGUGGAACAAAUAUAUCGCGGCCUGCAAAAUCACACGCACCCAGGCCGUUAGUAUGGGUCUUUAAACAAACUAAACCUGCUCAUUGAAGUUGCAGAAAAGAUCGACCGAUCGCUCUUCUAUAACGUAAGCCACACAUAGGCAUUGCUGACACCCACUCACUUGAAACAGGGCGGCAGUGAGACACAUAGACACCCACACACUCUCACUCGGGCGCACGGCGUGACAGGCGAACCCAGGCAGCCGGGUCCCCAGCGGAACGCUCACUCCUGCCGACCGCGUAGCGCACACACUCCGGUCUCACCAUGAUGUGCGAGGUCAUGCCCACCAUCUCGGAGGACGGGAGGGGAGGGGGCGGCGGGGGCCCCUCCUCUCCGGCCGGGGGCGGGGUCGGGAGCGGAGGCGGAAUAGGGGCGAUGGGAGGCGGGUAUGGGGGGCAGAGGGGGGGGGACGAGGGGGGCAGCACGGGCAACCUGGAGUCCCUGAUGGUGAACAUGCUGACGGAGAGGGAGAGGCUGCUGGAGAGCCUGAGGGAGACGCAGGACAGCCUCGGGACGGCCCAGCUGCGGCUGAGGGAGCUGGGGCACGAGAAGGACUCGCUACAAAGGCAGCUGUCCAUCGCCCUGCCACAGGAGUUUGCAGUGCUGACCAAAGAGCUGAACGUGUGCAGGGAGCAGCUCCUGGAGAGGGAAGAGGAGAUCGCUGAGCUGAAGGCAGAGAGGAACAACACACGGUUGCUGCUUGAGCACCUGGAGUGCUUGGUGUCCCGUCAUGAGCGCAGCCUGAGGAUGACUGUGGUGAAGAGGCAGGCUCAGUCCCCCGCUGGGGUCUCCAGUGAAGUGGAGGUGCUCAAGGCCCUGAAGUCCCUCUUCGAGCACCACAAGGCUCUGGAUGAAAAGGUUCGAGAGAGGCUGCGCGUGGCCCUCGAACGGGUUUCUGUGUUAGAGGAGUCGCUGGAAUCUUCCUCCCAGGAGGUGAGUUCCUUAAGAGACCAGAUCAAAAGACGACAACAAGGGUUAGAUAAUGGGAAAGAGCGCCUGCCAAACGGUCCUUCUUCCGUGUUGGAUGAUGGAGAGGUUGACCGACAGAGAGAGGGAGAGAUUGAGCGACAGAGAGGAGAACUCUCCCAGCUGAGGGAAAGGUUGGCUCUCAUGUGCCGACAGGUAGGAGAAAUAGAGGAACAGCUAGCUGCUGCAAGGAGGGAGCUGACAAAGUCUGAGGAGGCCAAUCAGAAACUGCAGAGAGAUGUUAAAGAGGCUCUUUGUCAGAGGGAAGAUAUGGAGGAGAGGAUUACUACAUUAGAGCGCAGAUACCUCAGCGCCCAGAGGGAGGCAACCUCACUCCACGACAUAAAAGACAAACUAGAGAAUGAACUGGCAAGCAAGGAGUCUCUCUACAGACAGAGCGAGGAGAAGAACCGGCAGCUGCAGGAGCGACUGGACGACGCCAAGCAGAAGCUGCAGCAGACGCUGCAGAGGGCCGAGACGCUACCGGAGAUCGAGGCCCAGCUCGCGCAGAGAGUGGCCGCUCUUAACAAGGCGGAAGAACGCCAUGGCAACUUUGAAGAGCGAUUGCGACAGAUGGAGGCACAACUGGAGGAGAAGAAUCAGGAGCUACAGAGGGCGAGACAGAGAGAGCGAAUGAAUGACGAGCACAACAAGCGGCUAUCCGACACGGUGGACAAGCUCCUCUCGGAGUCCAAUGAGAGACUACAGCUUCACCUGAAGGAGCGAAUGGCGGCCUUGGAAGAGAAGAAUGCCCUUUCAGAGGAGCUAGCAAACAUGAAGAAGAUACAAGAUGAUCUCCUCGCUAACAAGGACCAGCUAAUAGCUGAGCUGGAGAGGAUUCAGCUGGAGCUGGAUCAGCUGAGAGGGCGGCCUGGCUCCUCGUACUCCAGGUCCCUCCCAGGAAGUGCAUUAGAGCUGAGAUACUCCCAAGGAGGCGGGUCCCUCCCGGCUGGCUCCACCACACACCUGGAUCACUAUGGCAAUGCCGCCUCCGGGGGCGUGGUCAGGCGGGCUCACCGCGGGCGAUGGGGCGGCGCCAGAGAUGAAGCCAGCAAGUAUGGAGAAUGGGACAGCGGCAACCUGCUGGGCCCCGGGUUCGAGGGAGGCGUGGAGGGUGGGUGCUCGGACGAGGAGGAGGACAGGGAGACGCUGUUCGGCUCGGAGUUGCUGUCGCCCAGCGGACAGACGGACGUGCAGACCCUGGCCAUCAUGCUACAGGAGCAGCUGGAGGCCAUCAACAAAGAGAUCAAACUGAUUCAGGAGGAGAAGGAAAGCACAGAGCUGAGGGCGGAGGAGAUCGAGAGCCGGGUCAGCAGCGUUGCGUUGGAUGGCCCCCCGCUUCCCCCAUCCUCUCUAGGCGGAGGAAGGGACGGGACUGGUCGGGGCUUCAUCCCCCCUUCUCUCACCUCCUCCACCCUGGCCUCCCCUUCGCCCCCCAGCUCCGGACAUUCCACGCCCCGCCUGCCUCACUCUCCCGCCCGGGAGACUGACCGACCGAACAAUAAGGAGGAUGACAGGUCCCUGGCCCUGCUGGACUCCACUCCUCCUCCCACACCUCGUGCACUACGGUUGGACAGAAUGACUCACACACAUCCAGGGGCAGGGCUUGAUGACCAUCGUGAAUUCCGCAGCCUAUCAGCAGAUGGCAGCAGUUCCAACAGCAGUCAGGACUCCCUUCACAAAUCCAGCAAGAAGAAAAGCAUCAAGUCUUCCAUCGGCCGCCUCUUUGGAAAGAAGGAGAAAGGGAGGAUGGGCCAGCCCGGGAGAGAGUCUGCGUCACUGGCCUCCACACCCUCUGAAGACCUGGGCUCUGCAGACCCUCUGGGCCUGACCAAGCUGGCUGGAUCUGUGGACAAGGAUCGACGCAGCAAGAAGAAGCAUGAGCUGCUGGAAGAGGCUUGUCGUCAGGGGCUGCCCUUCGCCUCCUGGGAUGGGCCCACUGUAGUCUCCUGGCUGGAGCUGUGGGUGGGGAUGCCGGCGUGGUAUGUAGCAGCGUGUCGGGCGAAUGUGAAGAGCGGUGCCAUCAUGGCUAACCUGUCGGACACGGAGAUCCAGAGGGAGAUCGGCAUCAGCAACCCGCUCCACCGGCUAAAGCUGCGGCUCGCAAUCCAGGAGAUGGUGUCGCUCACCAGCCCCUCUGCCCCGGCCAGCACGCGCUCCUCCACCAGCAAUGUGUGGAUGACACACGCUGAGAUGGAGUCGCUGGCCACUGCCACCAAACCUGAGCUGAAAGAGAUUAGCUGGGAUCAGAUCCUGGCCUAUGGGGACAUGAACCAUGAGUGGGUAGGGAACGAGUGGCUGCCCAGCCUGGGCUUGCCUCAGUACCGCAGCUACUUCAUGGAGUCCCUGGUGGAUGCCCGCAUGCUGGACCACUUGACCAAGAAGGAGCUGAGGGGGCAGCUUAAAAUGGUGGACAGCUUCCAUAGGGUCAGCCUGCAUUACGGCAUCAUGUGUCUGAAGAGAUUAAACUAUGACAGGAAGGAGCUGGAAAGGAGGAGAGACGACAGUCAACAUCAGAACAAAGAUGUGAUGGUGUGGUCGAACGAGCGCGUGAUGUGCUGGGUGCAGACUGUGGGUCUGAAGGAGUUUGCGGAUAAUCUGACCGAAAGCGGGGUUCACGGGGCGCUGCUGGCUCUCGACGACACUUUUGACUACACCGACCUGGCCCUGCUUCUUCAGAUCCCCAACCAGAACACACAGGCCAGACAGCUUCUGGAGAAGGAGUACAACGCUCUCAUCUCCAUGGGAACAGAGAGAAGGCCCGAUGAGGAUGGCACAAAGACCUUCACUCGCUCGCCCUCAUGGAGGAAGAUGUUCCGAGAGAAGGACCUGAGGGGAGUCACCUCGGACUCCUCAGAAACAUUGCCCCCAAAUUUCCGUGCCUCAGCCAUCUCCACGCCCUCCGUGACCUUGAGGAAAGUUCAGAGCGAAGUUAACUCUGGGUCCAGAGGAGAGUCAGGGUCAGUGAGAACAUACUCCUGCUGAGACACACUGGGGACCCACUGGAUUUGUGUUUCCUUCAUUUGGAAAACAACAGGGAAGCAAUGAAAAGAACAAAAGCUAUAUAGAUAAAUAUAAAUACAUAUAAAUAUAUAUUUGUCUUACAAUUCUGCAAUAACAGAGAGAAUGAGAGAAAACACUUGGAGAGAAGAAAGCACUGAUGUCUUGAAGAAAUGAGGAUGAGAAACAGCAAAUGUAUGAAUAGCUGGAAGAGAUAAAAAAAUAUAUCUGUCUGCCUCUCUUUCUCUCUGUCUGUCCACAAUUGUGCUGUGAAGCCGUUAGGAUGGUUUUGAAACUGACUGCAGUUAUCCACGGUAGCCCCAUCUUUACACAGUGUCACAGUUUAAGGACGUAAAAACCGCCCACCUGGCAGCCAUUUUUGCUCUCGUUUUCUAUUAAUCUGAAGAGGCGAAGCUUCUCUGGGGUGCCCAUGGGCUCACUUUGAUCUCUCUGUCAUGUGCGGCGGGAUAUGAAUAAUAUGAAUAUGUUAUAGGUGUCUUCAUGUUCAACUAGAGCUCUGUAUCCAGGCAUCCAUGGUGGUGAUGUUAGUGUGAAUCCAUGUAAAACUGGCAGUGUCUAUACACUGCGACAGAGCGGACACUGCCAUAGAACAGACUGACGGCGUGUGUAUGCAAGUGGGCUGUACUUCUGCUUGGUUAGGUCAGCUCAUCCUAUCCUCCGAUUAACUGUAUUGAGGUCACAUUCAGUUUGCCUGGUUGAAAACAAGUUCAUGGUGGACGGUGACCUAUGAUUUGUGUUUGUAUAACAGAAUAAACCUCACCACUGUCCAUUCCAUUCAAUCUGGUCUUUUCUCGGACAGAAAUGGACAGUAGAAGAGAUGAUACACCUCCAUGAACCAGCAGUGGAAGAUCUGAAAGAGCAUAGAGGAUAGAUGAAAAGAUAAGCAAAAAGAAAGUGUAUAGGCAGUGAUUUAAGGGGGAUUCACUUUAUGCACGUAAGCCAUAACAGAAGAGAGAGAGUGACAGGGAAUGAGUGGCGGAUGGGAGGCCUAUAUAUAUAUAUAUAUAUAUAUAUAUAUAUAUAUAUAUAUAUAUAUAGAGAGAGAGAGAGAGAGAGAGAGCACAGAAUAAUAUGCAGCUAGGGGGCACUGGUGAACAAAACAAGACAAGAUUAUCUUCUGUGUUCAAAUGCAUGACAAAACAACAGUGACAAUGAACUCAAAUUUAGAGAAAGACAAUUAUAAUGAAUUUAAAAGAUAUACAUGAAGUGGGGGAAGAGUUUGCAAAACGUGUGUAUUUUAUUUAUUUUUUAUUUUUAUGAUAACUACUAUUUCUGUAUGUAUGUAUGUAUGUAUGUAUGUAUUGAAUAUCUGUAUGUACUUGUUCAUUUAUUACUUGAUUCUGACUGACUGUAAUUCAAUUUAAUUUAUUUAGUUUGAAAAGUAAAUACAUUUUAAAAAUGGACAGUAAAAAUAUGCUACUUGUAUGUGUAAAUUUUGAGAACAAAUUGUGUUAUGAUUUAAAUUAAAAAUAUUAAUAAAGAGAACAGUCAUAACAAUGGAAAAUUACAAGACAAACAUGACAAUUACAGUAAUGAUGAUAAAACCAAAAGUGGUAAAAUUAAAAAAAAUGAUGCAAAACCACUGUAA